AUGAGUCAGGCUCCUUUAUUAUCAACCCCCGAGCCUGGGGACGUCCUCACCAUAUAUCUCUCCAUCUCGGCCACGGCGGUUAGCUCAGUGCUCAUUCGACCACACGAAGGUGCUGAGCAUCCGGUGCACUAUGUUAGUAAAGGAUUGCAAGAUGCCGAGGUUUGGUACCCAGAUAUUGAGAAGCUGGCCUAUGCUCUGGUGGUGUCAGCCAGACACCUCAGACCAUGCUUCCAAGCGCAUACCAUCCAUGUCUUAACUAACCAACCACUAAGGCAGGUAUUGCAUAAGCCAGAGACUUUUGGUAGGUUGGUUAAGUGGGCCAUGGAACUUGGUGAAUUUGAUAUCCACUACAAACCCCGCCCAACUACAAAGGGCCAGGCCGUUGCUGAUUUUAUAUCAGAAUUCACAGAACCCCAAACUUCGGUCGCUACCCAGAUCAUAACCAAACCCAAUCUUCCUUCAAGCCAGGUCCACGUCGCCAGCAAUGGCAACCUAGACCUGACCCAGCCCUUGUGGACCUUAUAUGUAGAUGGCUUCUCCAAUGCCCAGGGAUGUAGAGCUGGCCUCGUCCUCAUCUCCCCAGACAAGGUUGUCCUUGAGUACGCCAUUCACUUCAAAUUCCACGCCUUCAACAAUGUGGCAGAAUACGAAGCACUCCUAACUAGCCUUCGGCUAGCCAAGGAGAUGGGCGCAAAGCAAAUUUAG